AUGCAGUAUAUUUUUGCUUUAAUACUGCUACUAUGCCAGCUUGUCAAUCCAUGUUUGGCAUUUGAUAUUAAGGGUAGAUUAGACCUAAAGCUCAGAAAUGUCUCAAAUCAUGAUAUUAUGAGAACACAAUUCAAGAUAUACAGAAUAAAUGACGAUUCAAAUGACAUUUAUUCUUUGUCGACACGGUUAGAGUCUGCUGCCGGUGAAUUUACCUUUAGAGAUGUUCCAAUUGAUACUGGGCUGAACCAAACGACAUAUUUUGCUUUGCAUUCAUCUUCGUUAGAGUUCAACCUAAAACCCAACAGAAUACUAAUAGAGGUCAUAGGGAGUGGUGCUGAUGCAGAACCAACCGUUAAAGCCUAUGAAAACAAGUUUGGCAGAGAGUAUUUCCCAUCUCCGGAUAUUCUGUUCCCAGAGACAUUGAAGCCCGUUGAGCUCGAUGCUGAAGGACGCAUAACCAUAACUGUGAUGAACAAGCAGCCGAUAAGAAGAUAUAUCAUUGUUAGAAACCCUGGUAUAUUGAGCAGCGGGCCAAUAGCCAGUAUUCUAAAUUCAAGACUAAAGUUAGCGGGUGUCAUCACUGUUAUCAUGAUGUUCGUUUUCCCAUUCUUGUUGGAAAAAUUAGAUCCAGAGACUGCUAAGGCCGUGAGACAACAAAAGUUUGAAAAGGCUAACGCUAAAUACCUUACGAAAGAUAAGAAGUAG